AUGUUCGGGGCAUUCAGGCCAUCACAACCCAGCUUCGUCGGUCUUCUGUGGAAGACACCAUGGAAACUGUCACGUACGCGCAAGGCCAACGCCCGGUUUCGGUUGAAGCGGGUGGACUCGGUCAUUGAGGCCGUCGAGGCAAGCGGUGUGCACUGUGCUGCCCUGGACAAGGCUCUGGAGCUGCCCAAGGAGCACGAAAUGCCCGCACGGGACAAGUACACCGUGUUCUCAAAACACGCGAAAAACUACCGCAAGGGUAUUCACAAGGUUCCGAAAUGGACUAGACUUACGCUCAGAACAAACCCGAAGGGUUUCUAA